AUGAAAGAACAAGGGACGGAGAAUGGGAGCCAUAAGCGACACCCGCUUGAUAUCUUCAUCGGCUCUUACAUCUCCACUUGAGAAUGGUGCGUUGUUCUUGUCCUUGCUGAAGAAGAAUAAGCUAUCUUCUUUCAAUUUAAUCAGGGUCUCAAGGAAUUCUUUCAACUAUAAAAGAAUUUCUUGUAAACUCUCCGAGAGUGGAAUUGAGAUGAAACCUACAAGCAAUGAAGUCUCAAGCAGCUCCAAGAACAAAAUGGAAGAGUACAACAUAGCCAUGAAGAGAAUGAUGAGGAACCCCUAUGAGUAUCACCAUGAUCUUGGCAUGAACUAUACAUUGAUUACUGAAACCCUGAUCGUGGGUUCCCAACCUCAGAAAGUUGAAGACAUAGAUCAUCUGAAACAGGAACAGAAUGUUGCCUACAUUCUUAACUUGCAGCAGGACGGAGACAUUGAGUAUUGGGGAAUAGACCUGCAGUCUAUAGUCAACAGAUGUAAAGAACUUGGAAUUCGUCACAUGAGAAGGCCUGCAAGAGAUUUUGAUCCAGAUUCCUUGAGAAGUGGAUUGCCUAAAGCUGUUUCUUCCUUGGAAUGGGCCAUUUCAGAGGGAAAAGGAAGAGCAUAUGUGCAUUGCACUGCUGGAUUGGGCAGGGCUCCUGCUGUUGCAAUUGCUUACAUGUUUUGGUUUUGUGGCAUGGAUCUAAAUAUGGCAUACAGUACACUUACUUCAAAGAGGCCUUGUGGACCUAGUAAAAGAGCAAUACGUGGGGCUACUCAUGACUUAGCCAAAAAUGAUCCCUUGAAGGAGCCUUUUGAGAGUCUUCCAGAUUAUGCUUUUGAAAAUACAGCAGAUUGGGAGAGAAAACUUAUUCAGGGUCGCAUCCGCUCCCUCCGCGGAACUUGAGUAUGCUGGUAAAUUUUAUGUUUUUUUUUAAUGUCUUAUACAAUAUGUAUCGAUGAAAGUCACAAAGGUCAUAAGCCUCUUAUGAUUGCAAUUAUAAUGCGCCAAAAGCAAUGAACAUCAUAAAAUAUCAGACUAGUUCAGAGUAGAUAGUUUUAUUUUCCUUCUCUGCAAAAAUGGAAAAUAUUUGUCUUCAACCUUCUAAUAAUCAUAUGAAUCUUCGAACAACUCUUACAUAUAUUGUAACUGUAUGCAUGCUGACAGUUAUUCUCGUGUCCCAUCAGGUCUGUUGCGUAUUAGAAGUGAUCUUGAGGUCAGUUUUCUAAAGCGC